ACAUGUGAGUAUCCAGGCUAUCGCAGACCGCGUUUCUAUACUAUAACCCAGGCUUUUCAAAUGCGACGAUGAACAGUCCUAGCAAAGUUCUACGGCCCCCUUCAACCUUGUCAGUAUGGCCAGAGAAUUUCACCAGACGUCUUCAGAACAUUCGACUAUUCUUAGUCUGUCACCGGACAUCACCAUGCAUCACAAGCAAUCCGGUAGAACCAUGUCAUCCAGCGGGCCUUCUAAACAUCUGGUGAUCAUUACCUUCGUCAUUUGAUAUGCUAGCGAAAUUCCAUAAAGCGAUUAAAUAUGUGCCCAGCCAACAUUGACUUCCUCGGUCAUAUGCUGUUCUACUUUCUGUUCCUUCCCACUGUCCUCGCUCUAGCUCCAGGUGGUCCCUGGGACGCGUUCAACUAUGCACCCAAGUCAAAGACCGUUUAUCCUCAAGCUGUAUACAAAAGUGUAGGCUCUGUGUCUGGUGCCAUAAAGCUGGUCGGGAAUAAUGGAAGCGCGACUUUGUCUCCAAGUUCUUGGGUCGCACUGGACUUUGGAAUCGAGGUCGGGGGGCUUGUUUCGAUCGACUUCGACACUGUCGACAAUACAUCUUCAGUAUCUCUCUCCUUCACAGAGUCGCCUGUGUUUGUCAACCCACUCGCUUCAGACGAUUCUUCAUACCCGUCACCAAACAUGACCUACGAUGGUGUUUUCACCAUUCCUGCGCCAUUGGCAAAGGGACAUUGGACUCAGCCUUCUUAUUCCCUACGUGGCGGCUUCCGGUAUCUGACCAUCGUGUCUCACUCGGAGACUUCUCUCAAGAUUUCCAACGUCUCUUGUGCUAUUUCUUUUAUGCCUCACGUGGAAGAUUUGAGGGCAUAUACAGGCUACUUUUUCGCUUCGGAUCCUGUUUUCCACGAUUCUGAUUUCCUGACGAAAGUGUGGUAUGCUGGCGCAUACACAGUCCAAACGAACACGGUUCCUCUUAAUACAGGCCGACAGGUUCCAUUCGCUGCAACCGGUAGUUGGUUCAAUAACGCAACACUUGGGGUCGCAGGUCCGAUAAUCGUUGAUGGUGCAAAGCGUGACCGUGCGGUUUGGCCUGGGGAUAUGGGUAUUGCAGUCCCUGCCCAGUUCGUCUCCACGCUCGAUUUGAUUCCCACAAGAAACGCGUUAUCAACUAUGUUUGCUGCGAUCAACCCCCAAACGGGUGCGUUGCCUGAAUCCGGACCUCCUCUUAGCCAGCAAGGCUCGGACACCUAUCACGCUUGGACUCUCAUAGGAGCGCACAAUUACUAUCUUUAUUCUGGCGAUGAUGACUGGCUGAGUACUAUCUGGACCAACUAUACUCGUGCUGUGGCUUUCUUGGAAGGCAAAGUAGACAGCACAGGACUAAUGUACGUCACUGGCCUCAGAGACUGGGCUCGUCUGGGUGGUGGUGGAUACAAUGCCGAAGGAAAUGCGAUUCUUUACAAGGUGCUCCUGACCGCAUCGGAUCUAGCGAGUUACAUUGGCGACAAAUCCCUCUCGGCAGCUUGGGGAGCAAAUGCCACUGCGCUCAAAGCAAAGUACAACGAGGCGUUCUGGGUAGAAAGCGCUGGAAUGUAUCGAGACAACCUGACGACUACGCUUCACCCGCAAGAUGCGAAUUCGUUCGCUGUUCUUUAUAAUCUGACACUUUUGGAUGAUCAAAAGGUCGCUGUGAGCGAAGGCCUGCAAAGGAACUGGAAUGACUUAGGGCCAGUGGCUCCAGAGCUCCCGGAUACGAUCUCGCCGUUCAUCAGCGGCUUUGAGCUCCAAGCGCACUUUGAGGCUGGUCAGGACAACCGAGCCUUGGACCUUUUGCGUCGGGAAUGGGGGUACAUUCUGUACACAAACCUGUCCGUGCAAAGCACCUUACUCGAAGGUUUUACCGCGAAUGGUUCUCUUUGGUAUCGAUCUUACAGAGGUUACAAUUAUGAUGCUGCAUAUACCUCGCAUGCGCAUGGAUGGUCUGCUGGUCCUACUUCCGCGCUGACCUUUUACAUCUUGGGAUUGACUGUCACGUCGCCCAAGGGAGCUACUUGGUCAGUGAAUCCCCAUAUAAAUGGCGGUCUUCCCAACGCCGAAGGUGGAUUUGAAACCUCGCUGGGGUGGUUCGGCAUACGAUGGGCGUUGCAGGAUAAUCAGUUCUUCAUGGAAAUCAGUACUCCGGAAGGAACCAAUGGUAGAGUGAAGCUACCGAGGGAAGGCUCUGUCGUUGUUGACGAAGUUGCUAUCGACGUCGGUACGGAUGGGGAGAUUACGUUGAAUGGAGGAAAACAUGGUAUAGUUAUCUUCAGUUAGUUAUGUUUAGUAUGUCGGAAAGGCUGUUGGUUGGCAUCAUCUUAAUAGCACAUCGAUAAUAUGCUAGUAGGCUAACUAUACGUACAGAUCAGUCGUACAAAUGCAUGGAAGAGAAAAGUCCCUGAUUGUGAAGAAAUGACUAUCAGUAUCCGAAAAACC